AUGGAAGCGAUUCUCGAGGAAAGAAUAACAAACUGUGGGACCAGCCGCAGGCGGGAGGAGAAGGGCUUUGCCCACGCAGGUGGAACACAGACAAGACCGCACCGAGGAGCGGGAGGCCGGAGCCAGCCGGGAGGGUCAGAGAGCGCCGGGGGCUCAUCCCGGCAGCCGCGGCCGAGGGGGGGACGCUCCCCUCGGGGCGGGGGCGAGCGGAGGAGGGGGCGCGGGGGGCCGAGACCGAGGUGGGGGGAGCGCUGGGGCCGGGGGCAGCUCCGUGGUCGAGGCACAGCGGGGACAGGGCUCGGCACGGGGGCAGCUCCCGGGGUCGGGGCACGGCGGGGACAGGGCUCCGGGGGCUCGGCACGGAGGCAGAGCGCCCGCAGGGUGCGGGUGGCGCGGCACCAGCCUCUCUUCCUCCUCCUCCUCCUCCUCCUCUUCCUCCUGCGCCCGCAAUCCAGCGAGGCACGGCGGCGAUACCGACCGGGCUCUCGGCAUGGAAAUAAUGACCUGGCUCGGUGGAAACAUCACCCUUCUCUUCGCAUAGUGGCUCCGGAAUGCGUGCGGAAUUUGAAGGUGGCAGGUGAGUGGUUUGGAGAGCCCUGGAGAAGGCACUGGACUGAGGAGCACCAUUUUUACUCAUGGACAUCACGACAGUCACAUGAAAUCUGCAGUUACAGCAUCAGGUCAAAUUCAGUGUUCUCUUGUGGAUCUUUCAGCACAGAAAGUCUAAAAUUCUCAGCAUCCAGGAUUCCAACAGACGGGAUUGAAGGGAACUUCUGGAGCUGUGCCAGGGCAGGGUCAGGCUGGAGCUCAGGGAAAGGUUCUUCUCCAGAGGGUUGUUUAGUAAUCUGCACGAGUUGGACUGACCUUGGCUGGAUAUCUGGUGCCCACCAAGAUGCUUUAUCAUUCCCCCUUUCUCGGUGUGACAGCGGAGAAAAACAAUGA